GUUUUGCUUCCGGUUCACAGGUGACUCCAGCUGCGGAUAGCGGAUUGAGCCGCAGGAGGUUUUCUCCCAGGAAUGCUGAUCAGAAAUGGGUGCCCCUUCCGGCUUCUGGGUGUACGGCUGGCGCCUCUUCUUCCUGUUGUUAUCCCAGGCUGACACUGCAGCAUCUGGUGACUGUAAGGGGCAGCGCACCGUGCUCCGCAGCUUUCCGGGGUUUGUGAGUGACGGCCCAGGAAACUAUUCAGUCAAUGGCAACUGUGAGUGGCUGAUAGAAGCCCCGAACAGUGAUUACCGCGUCCUGCUGCGCUUCCUCUUCAUGGACACCGAAUGUACCUACGACUAUCUGUUUGUGUACGAUGGAGACUCGUAUAGCGACCGCCUGCUGGCCAGUCUGAGUGGAAGCAGCCUGCCCCCGACCCUGGAGGCCACGUCCGGAAAGAUGCUUCUCCAUCUCUUCAGUGAUGCCAAUUACAACCUGCUGGGCUUCAAUGCCACGUACAGUUUCUCUUUGUGCCCGCAAGGUUGCUCUGGACAUGGGAUCUGCCAGGAAAACAGUCAGUGUUCGUGUGACCCCGGCUGGAGUGGGGACGGUUGUCAGAUCCCGGACUGUAGCUCGUACUGCCAUGUGCACCAUGGAACCUGUAACCAGGACACUCAGCGUUGCGUCUGUUUUCCGGGCUACGUCGGGGAGCGCUGUGAUCUAUCGCUGAACGACAAUCAGGGUUCCGGCACCUGGUACAAUGUGAGCGGUCAGGAUCCGUCCUUUACCCCCCGCACCGCAGCCGCCGGAGCCUUCCUGUCCCCCGCCGAUGCCCUUUACAUUUUUGGAGGUCUGGAUCUGAACUCCGCUCUGCAGGAUAUGGCGGUGUACAACUUUACAUCAAACACAUGGGAGCGUAAAAACUACUCGCCAAGCCCGGCUGCUCGGCACUCGCACGUUGCGGUGGAAUGGAAUGGGACGUUGGUGUUGUUUGGGGGGGAACUGUCCGGAGGGCGACUGACUAAUGAUACCUGGGUGUUUCUGCCCCUGGAGGAACGCUGGGUUGACCUGAGCUCGUAUAGUCCCAUGCACCCCCCUUCCCUGGCGAACCACGCAGCCGCCACCGUUGACAAUUGGCUCUACGUGUUCGGCGGACGCACGUCUCGGGAUGUUUUUUCCUCUAAGAUGUUUCGUUUCAACCUCCACUCAUGGGAAUGGGAGAUGGUGGUGGUGGCAGGAGGAAAGCCUCCGUCAGCAGCUGGGCAUUCCAUGGUUUUCCACGCUUCUUCCCGAUCUCUUCUGGUAUAUGGUGGGCACAGGCCGUCCACGGCACGAUUCAGCAUUCGUGUGAACACUACAGAUUUGUUUCACGUGGACUUUAACUACUGGACCACCCUGAAGCCCCGUGAGGGUAACCGUGGCGGUCCUCGGGAGAGAGCCUUUCAUAGCGCCACUAUUAUAGGAAACUACAUGGUGGUAUAUGGGGGCAAUCUGCACAUUCACUACCAGGAGGAGAAAUGCUAUGAUCAGGAAAUCUUCUUCUACCAUCUUGGAUGUCACCAGUGGGUUCCCAGCAACACCCUGAGCCAGAUCAUGCCUCCCCACCACGGGCCCCAGAGUAUGGGCGGUGGCCGGUACUCCCAUGUAGCAGCUCUAAUGAAAGGUGGAGUGUUAUUAGUGGCUGGCGGGUACAGCGGUACUCCACGUGGAGACCUGCUUGCCUAUAAGGUGCCCAUAUCGGUGUACCAACCCCCCGUGCAAGAUUAUCACCUGGACUACUGCUCCAUGUAUGCAGACGAGACCAUCUGCUCCAGGGACCCCGAGUGCACAUGGUGCCAUACAAGCUGCCAGACCCCUCAGCCUAACAGAAUAUGCCCGGACAAGAGCUGCCUGGGAUUGGCGCGACUCCUCUCGGACUGUCAGUCCUGCCUGGUGUUCAGCAGUAACCUGACGAGCUCCUCUCACAUCCCCCGCACCUUCGGCUGGUGUGUGCAGAAUGAGACCUGCAUGCCUGUGACUGAUCGCUCUGCGUGCCGCGUCGGGCAGAUCGCUGGCACCUACGGCUGGUGGGGCAGCCAGAACACCUUCAUCACUUCUCUAGACGGCUGCCGGACCAACAACUUUCUCCCUGGUCUUCACCUCAUCACCUAUCAGCAGCCGCGCAACGAGUCUCAGCCGGACCGGGUGUCCAUUGUGCGUAGUACGACCAUCACCCUGAGCCCCAGCACGGAGAUGGAUGUGUCUCUGGUCUAUAAGGGCUUCAUACACCCCAUGCUGAGCCACAAUGCUCCCUUAGACCGCGUCUCUAUCUGGGCUCGCAUCCAGCGCUUUUACGUCGUGGCUCGACUUGGCCGCAGCUCCGGAGCCAUAGACCACCUGGAGGAGGUAGGUCGCUGGUUUGUGCACCAGGAUAAGGAGCGGCGCUCCCUGCAGCGGAAUAGUGGGGAUCCGUUAUUCCCUAAGGCGGAUUGGGGCAGUCGCUACGCCGUGCAGAUCGAAGGUUUCCUCAACAAUACGGGCAUCGGACACACCAGUGAGCUGAGCCUGACGUGGGACCGCACCGGCGUACAAGGUGGCAGCGAGAUCUCCUUCCUUUUCUUGGAGCCCCAUCGCUCUGAGGUUUGCGAUUACCCCUCGUGUUUAGCCUGCCUGGCAGAUCAAAGCUGUGGAUGGUGCUCCAAGACCCGGACCUGUCACCACAGACUAGCAAGCGAAUGGGCAAAGUUCUGCCAGGAUACCCCCUUAAUCCUGUCACCAGGAAACUGUCAGCAGUGCGAUGAAUACCGGGACUGCGAGGCCUGCAGCGAAGACCAGUACUGUGAGUGGCAGAUACACAGCAAUAAGAAGGGCGACUCCCUGUGCAGCCGAAGGUGGCGUGUCAGCGGAGCUAUACGAUCACCCAGGGACUGUCCCCGUGCCUGUCACCAGCGGAGGACCUGCUCCGAGUGCCUCUCGAACUCCAGUCACUGUGCGUGGUGCCAGUCCACCAGCAGCUGCUUCUACUUCGCUGCCUACCUGGCUAAGUACCCCUAUGGAGACUGCAGGGACUGGUAUGACAGUGUUCACUCGGUGCCUCAGUGCAUGGACUGCUCCCGGUUUAACACCUGUCGGGAGUGUCUGCAGAAUUUCGAGUGCGGCUGGUGCGGAAAUAUCGACAACCCAACAGUGGGAAGGUGCUUCUCCGGUGACUUCUCAGGUGUCCGUGGCUUUACCUCCUGCUCCCGGGCCUUGUCUUUCGCCGGGCUCGUGGCUGAACCAGCUGAAUGGUCCUAUGAUUCCUGUCCAGAUGUAGAUGAGUGUAGACUGGGAAUGGCGACCUGCCAUAAACACGCGACUUGCAGGAACACGCCGGACUCCUAUGAGUGCCACUGUGACCGUGGAUACACAGGAGAUGGCGUCGCUCACUGCAACCAGACAUGUUAUAAUGAAUGCUCCCAUGGCACGUGUAGCGGGCCGCCAUCUUACUCCUGUCUGUGUGACCUUGGGUGGACAUCCAACCAGACCAGCCUAAUAGAAAGCGGAGUGGAGUGCAGCGUGGAUUGUGGCUGCAAUUUCCAUAGCACCUGCGCUCAUGGGCCGGGCAUAUGCGACUCCUGCCAGGAUUGGACACAAGGCGCUCAGUGCCAGGAGUGCAAACCUGGCAGCUUCGGAAGUGCCACCCAGAAGCCAGGGUGUCAGGAAUGUGCCUGCAACAGACAUGGGACCCCUGAAAAGGGCUACUGUAACGGGGGAACGGGCGUCUGCUACUGCACGGACAACACGCAGGGAGAGCACUGCGACAAGUGUGUGCCGGGCUAUUAUGGCGACCCCAGGAAUGGCGGCACGUGUUACCUGGAGUGCCAAGGCCGGCAGCUGCUUUCUCGCGUCUCGUCCUCGGCUCUCGGCUCUCCAGGCGGCUCUUACUGUCUGUGGAUGCUGAGCGUGUCUUCUCACACCGAGCCUUGCCACCCGGAAGCCAAUUGCCCGCGGCUCAGCCUCAGCUUGCAGCCUGACUUCAGUGUCCCGUGCACGCAAAGUUACGUCUAUGUCUUCGAUGGGAUCCCGGCAUUCCUGGACACGGGGCUCCUGCAGUCAGAUCGCAGCUUGUUGGGGGCCUUUUGUGGACAAGGCCGUGGAGAAACGCCACUUACUGUGGAGGCGACCACCGGCGUCCUCGUUGUGUAUUACGAAGCAAACAACACCGAACCUUCUGGUUUUAAUGCCACGUACACAGUCCACGAAUGCCACCCCCCGUGCGGACCCAACAAGGUGUGCCGGGGUCAGAGCUGUGUCUGUCGGAGUCCGCUAUCCGGUCCGUACUGUCUGCGCAACGUGUGUCCCCGAAACUGCUCAGUGGAGGAGGAGAAAGGAGUCUGCAACCAGACCCUCGGUGUUUGCUUCUGCUCCGCUGGUUACGCUGGAGGCGACUGCUCCGUUCGGCUGGACUCGGGGAAGAUCGUGUGGGAAAGUCUUAUGGACCCUCAGCUCACCGCGGACACGGCGAGUCGCUUCUUGCACCGUCUGGGCCACACCAUGGUGGAGGGGCCGGACAGCACUCUCUGGAUGUUCGGGGGUCUCUCUUUAAGAGAUGGCGUGCUGGGAAGUGUCUACAGGUACUCCAUCUCUGAGCGCCGCUGGACCCAGAUGUUAGCCGGGACGGAGGGUGGGGGUCCCGGCCCAAGCCCCCGUUACUUCCAUGCUGCUGCGUACAACGCCCUUCGUAACGCUAUGUAUAUAAUGGGCGGCCUGACCAACUACAGGGCGUACAGUGACUUCUGGGUGCUGAACCUCACCACCCUGCAGUGGAGGAAGGAACUGGACCCCAUCUUGCCGCCUGUGGCGGGCCACACCCUCACUCCUCGCCGCGGCUCCUCGCUGGUUCUGAUUGGUGGAUAUUCCCCCGAGAACGGAUUUAAUAACCGGGUGCUGGAAUAUAACAUAGAGCUGGAGACCUGGACGGCGGGGCAUCAUACGGGCACGCCGCCCACAGGACUGUACGGUCACUCCACCAUCUACCACGAGGCCACGGACGCCUUCUAUGUCUUCGGCGGACAUCGCUUCCAUGUGGAGGCCGUGACCCCGUCCCCGGAGCUCUAUACCCUGUAUUACCCUAAUCUGACGUGGAGCUUGCUCGCCCCCUCUCAGGGGAGAAAGCCCCUGUCUCACUUCUUCCACGUGGCCGCCGUGUUGAAGGACACCAUGGUUGUGGUGGGAGGUCGCACAGAGCAGCAGGAAUACAGCAAUCAGGUUCUCUUCUACCAGAUCCACUGCAAUGCCUGGAUCCGUCCCAACAAGAGCGAUGUCAUUUUGGGGGUCCCUAUGAAUGAGUCAAUAGGUCACGCUGUGGCCGUGGUGGGUGGACGACUCUACAUCUCAGGGGGGUUUAAUGGUGUGGCCCUUGGCCGUAUGGUGACGUUGUCCGUGCCCUCGGACCCCUGCAUGCUGUUCAGCACCCCCUCCUCCUGCAACCAUAGCGCUGGCAGUUGUGUCUGGUGCCAUUACAGCUGCAUGUCCGCCGACAUCGCUGAAAGGCGCAGCUGCUCGCAUUCGUCUUCAUCGUGUUUCCCGCUGCCGAGGUCCGCGGACGAUUGCCGGAGACUGAAGACCUGCAGCGAGUGCCUAGCGCAGCACCCCCUCUCCAUGAGCGCACAGCUGGGCACGGUGGCGCCGCGCUGUAAGUGGUGUACUAACUGCCCAGAAGGCGCCUGCAUCGGCAGUGAUGGAAGCUGCACCUCCGAGAACGACUGUCGUAUUAACCAGCGGGAGAUCUUCCUGGCCAGCAACUGCUCGGAGAUCUCAUGUGAGGCGUCUGAUUGCCACAAGUGCAUUGCUUCUGGGAAGUGCAUGUGGACCCGCCAGUUUAAGCGCACAGGAGAGACCCGCCGGAUCCUGAGCGUGCAGCCCACCUACGACUGGACUUGCUUCAGCCACUCGCUGCUCAAUGUCUCUCCGAUGCCCGUGGAAUCUUCUCCACCACUUCCGUGUCCAACUGCGUGUUACAACCACAGCACCUGCCACGAGUGUCUGAGCUCCAAGGGAGCCGAUGGCGGUUGGCAGCAGUGUGUCUGGAGCGUUGCCCUGAAGCAGUGCAUGAGCCCCACGUUCCUGCCGAUGCGAUGUGCUGCUGGCGCCUGCGGCAGAGUCCUGAGCGGAGCAGAGAAUUGCUCGCCCUCCUGCUCCCGUCACACUCACUGUGCUGCCUGCAUUCUGCACCCCCGCUGCGGCUGGUGCGCCCGGCGGGGAGGGAACGGGGAGGGCAGAUGUUCGGAGGGAGGGCUCAGUGCACCCACUCAAGGCUUGGGGGAGCAGUGCGUUUCGCUGGAGUCUCACUGGGCCUUCAUGUCCUGCCCCCCUGAAAACGAGUGUCUGAACCAUCAUCACGACUGCAACGAGACCCAGAACUGCAGCGACCUCCUCCAGGGAUUCCAGUGCACCUGCAAGAAGGGCUACACCCUGCACAAUGUGACGGGUCUGUGUCACCCUGUAUGUGAACACGGCUGUGUCAAUGGAACCUGCGUGGAGCCCAACAGAUGCCGCUGUGACUUUGGUUAUGUAGGGGAGAACUGCUCUGUGGCAUGCCGGUGUAAUAAGCACAGUGACUGCGCAGGACUCGGGGCGGAGGACGUGUGCCUGCAGUGCCACAAUAAUACCAUGGGGGAGCACUGUGAGAAGUGUAAGCCGUUGUUUGUCGGAUCAGCUCUAAAUGGUGGCACCUGCCGUCCCUGUCUGGAGUUCUGCCGUGGGAACAGCGAGGUGUGUCUGAACAUGGAGGAGUACGAGAAAUCCCUGAAGGAGCCUGACAAGUAUUCUCUGGACACAGACAAGAUCCCGUCCUGGGUGAGUCAGGGUCCCAGCGAGGACUCGGCGGUGUGUGUGAACUGUCAGAAUAACAGCCUGGGAGACAAGUGCGAGGGCUGCCUGCCGGGGUACUUCCUGCUGGACAAGCGCUGCACCAAAUGUCAGUGUAACGGCCACGCCGACACCUGCAACGAACUGGACGGAACCAACUGUCCUUGUGGCAACAACACGGAGACCCAGAACUGUCAGAACAGCGCCGACAAGAAGGACUGCUACAAGUACCAGUGUGCGAAGUGUAAAGACUCCUUCCAUGGGAACCCGGUGAAUGGCCGCCAGUGUUACCGCCUCAUGACUGUGGAGCAGGAAUAUUGCUUCGAUCCGACCUCACAGAGUAACUGCUUCCACGAGCCGAACAUCCAGAACUUGCCGUUUGGACGCAGCGUGUUUUUUGGGGUGCAGCCCAAGUUCACCAAUGUGGACAUCAGAGUGACUGUUGACGUGACGUUUGGCUGUGUGGACGUCUUUGUGUCCACCUCCCCGGAGAGCUUUGCUGUUGACGUUGACCCGUUGACAGGGGUUCACUCUGUGCGAAUCGCUGACAGUGAAGCUUCUGGGGGGCCCGAACCCCUGACUGCCGCCUCUUAUAAUAAUAGCGUGUGGUCCGCCAUCACUAGAUCCUCUUGGCUCCGCGAGGAACGUCCUAAGGGUCUAAUCACCUACAUUACAGUCCGCAAUCAGCAGACGGUGCUGAUAGUGCGGGGGGGCAGGGACCGGGUGGUCAUCACGUACCCCCACGAGCUGCACACCCUGAAGAACAGCCGCUUCUAUCUGCUGCUUCUGGGCAAUGCCACCAGCGGGUCCGGGGAGUCGCAGGGCCUGCUCUUCUUCCGCCAGGACCAGGCGCACAUCGACCUCUUUGUCUUUUUCUCUGUUUUCUUCAGCUGCUUCUUCCUCUUCCUCUCAGCCUGCGUCCUGCUCUGGAAGGUGAAGCAAUGGCUGGACGUCCGCCGGGAGCAGCGGCGCCACCUGCAAGAGAUGAGUAAAAUGGCCAGCAGACCAUUCGCUAAACUGACCGUCUAUUUCCACCCAGACGUAGAGAUGGUUGGGCUUCAUCCUGGAGGACCAGUUUUGCCUUCGAUUCCCCAUCAUCACCACCACCACCAUCAUCAUCACCAUCGCUCCAAGCCCAGGCUGAAGUCUUAUGACCCGUCGGCACCGCAGCCGCCUUCAUUGCGCCAUUCGGACCCUUUCUUGUCGCAGCUCCUGGGUUACACGUACUCCAGCUUCCGAGUUGGGCCUAUCACCCUGGAGCCCACGGAUGAUGGCAUGGCUGGGGUGGUGACUCUGCUGCUGCAGCUCCCGGGUGGUGCCCAGGCCCCCAAUAGAGCCUGUCUGGGUUCUGCCCUCGUGACUUUACGCCAUAACCUGCAGGAGUACUGUGGGACCAGCCACGUGGUCAGCAGCUCCAGGAAGGGACUUCUGAGCCACGAGAACCUGACCAGCAUGUCACUGUGAAUGAGGGGCCCAUGGGGCCCAGACUGUAUGGACGUGCCGACUUCUCUAACUUAACGGUUUUCUAUGAUAUUUAUGUUGGUUACGUGCAAUGACUUUUUUUAUUUUAUUUUAAUUGAGGGUUUUAUUUGGGAUCCUCUGAAAAACACUACUACGAUGGACUGCACCCCCGGGGGCCCCGGACUGCACUAAUACAGCGGUCGUGUACGCAACCCGGCGCUGGCCUGUAUAUAGGCAGCUGUGCAUGGAAAGAGUUAAUCUCUGCAACAAGAGACUGUUAAAAUGUACAAUAAACAUGGCCGCCCUCCGCGCACACAGAGUUAUAAGCCUGGCCGCCAUCCGUGCAGUUCCAGUGGCAUGCCAGGGGUUAAAGUUACAGAGGAGAGAUUGGUGUCAAAAAGUGCGCACUGUCCUCACAGCCCUAAUGAACUUCUUGACCCAUAUCCCUCCAGGCAAGCUUGUAAUUAUGAGCUGCAGUGUAAAGUAUGGGGGAAGGAACAGCUGCAGUUUGAGCCUCUGAUAUGGCAGGAGGGUAGAUCUCAGACUCCACAAGAAAAGCAGCAUUACCCAUAGGAGGCGAGGUCUGAGCUCCCACAAUCCACUGCUCUGGAUAGAGGGGUUAUAAACGGUACACAAGGAUGGAGAAGAAAACAGCUGCACUGGAAAGCAUGGGGGAUGGACUGCUGCAGUGGAAAGCAUGGGAAAUGGACAGAGCUGCAAUUUAAAGCAUUGGAGGAUGGACAGAGCUGCAGUGUAAAGCAUGGGGGAUGGCCAGAGCUGCAGCCUGAGCCUGUUGAUGCAGGAGUUGGAUUGCAAUAGACUGUGCUUUACUGACUACUACCACCUGCAUCCACAAGAAUCACAGUUUCACAUAUGCCACUAUGUAUGAUCAAGUUCCGACACGAUUUAGUUGAUGGAUGUGCGUUCUUAAAGGGGUUGUACAGAUUUAGAAGAACUUGGCUGCUUUCUUCCAGAAAGAGCACCACUCUUGUAUAUAGGUUGUGACUGGUAUUGCACCUCUAUCUAAUCUGCAGUACCAGACACAACCUGAAGACAGGUGUGGCGAUGUUUUUUUUCUAAUGUUGUACAGCCCCUUUAAGAACAGUCUGUCAUCAUUCCAAGAUCUUAAAAGAAUGUUCUAGCUAAGACUGACACUGUGUGGUGCUUCAUGCAGGGUCUGAGGGGGUGGAGCAUGACACGGGUUGAUAGAGCAUGCUCUCAGGCCCCGCCCUCAGGCAGAACAGUCGCUCAGUCUUCUCGAUGACAUCUACGCUGCUUCACAAUAAAAAAGAGAAAACCUAAA